CAUAGCGGGAAAAGGCGAAAGAAAGGCUAAUGCGAGAGCCAAUGCGAGAGCUAAUGCCAAAGCUAACGCCAAAGCUAACGCCAAAGCUAACGCCAAAGGUAAGGCUAACCCUGACGAGAACAGCCGGGGGAUAACAAACAAGCCAACCAAUGAUAACCAUAAGAAGAAAGUGAACGAACAGGUAGGAAACAAAUUCCUUCACCUGGAACAAAACAAACGUGUAUCCAUCAACCCGCUGUUCAAUUCCCUAUGCAAAAAUGUGAGCGUUAGUGAAGCCUGCCUGUACAAUGUGCAAGAAUUUUUUAACGAGGCAAAUUACAACAAUGGGAGGGUUGAGAACCUGGGGGACAAGAAACUCUUCUGUGGUGUCCUAUACGGGACGUAUGAGGAUGACUCUAUCGUAAAAAUCGAAAACGUAUUUUUUGCGUUGAACCGCCGAGAACAAAUGUAUGACGUGGAUUACCUGCUAAAUAGCGAAGACAGGAGGAAGGCUGACGCGCUGGCAAAGAUGCUGAAUUUGGAAGUGGUGGGGGUUCUUUAUGCUUACCCCGACAUCGGGGUAGACUUAAGUGUGUCCAAUAAGAAAAGAAAAAAUUUCGUAAAACUUAACAAGAAGAUAAAAACGUUGAAUGAUGAGGAGAACGAGCUGUUCAUCCCCAUGGGGGGCAGGGAGGUUCUCCUCGCGCUCACAGUGAUGAAGCACCGCGAUGACGGCACGCGGAAGAAUCUGCCAUGUGAGGGCAACGCGGUGGCACAGCCCCGCAAUGGAGUACCCCCCAAUGGAGCACCCCGCAAUGGAGUACCCCCCAACGGAGCAACCCCCAACGGAGUACCCCCGAACGGAGCAACCCCCAACGGAGCAACCCCCAAUGGAGUACCCCCCGUGGAAGCGCAAAAACAUCGUCCCAAAACCUGGCAAAACCGCACACCCAGGAAAAACAAAAAAAAAAACAAAAACCCCAACGUAAAGCCAUUCAUCACGCUAUCCGUCGGCAUGGACAAAAACUCCAAGUCGAUAGUCGUCGAGGCGUACGAAAUAAAUUACGACUUGCUGAAGCUGCUAAAUAAGGACAUCAUCAAAGACAUGCAAAAACAAAACAGCAUACUGCAUUUCGAAGCAAGCAAAAAUGAAAAGGACCAAAAGAUAAAAAACUUCAACGCCGAAGUUGACCUAAUGAAUGAAUUAUAUUUGAAAUGUAAAAGUGCCGUCCUCAUUGAGAAAAUCGAAGUGAAGCAAAUUGAUGUCCUCUUUUGUGUUAAUAACAUGCCCAUAGUUUCCCAUAAGAGCUUCUACAAUACCUUCUUCCCCUACCCCAACAAUAGCAACUACUACACCAUUCUCCAAAGGUUUAACUACAUGUCUAGAUCGUUACAUAAUCAAAAGGACAUGGUCAAUAUAUUUCGCGAUUUUAAUUUCCUCCUUUUCCUCACGAACAUUUUUUCAUUCGAGCGUGACAUCCCUCCUAUUUGUAAAGCCGUCAACGAUUCGAAGAACUCUGUUGGCAUUCCUGAUCAAUACGUAAGCAUUUUGAGGAGCCUCUCCCAAAGUGCCAAUGCGCCUCAGUA